AUGACUGAUAUCCACCGUCCUUUGGCCCCGGUGCCUCGGGGGGCUCGUCGGGAGAGGAACGGCGAUGAUGCCUGCGAGCAGUCGAAGAAGAGGACUAAUAUCGGUGUUGCUUGUACGACGUGCAAGACUCGGAAGCUAAAGUGUUCCGGCGCACCCCCCUGCCAAAACUGCCUAAAGCACGACGUCGAAUGCACCGUCGACAACACCAGCGAUAGACGCCGAAAGUCCGGGAUAAAGCGCAAACUCGAGACCCUUGAAGAUCGGAAAGAUUUAUUAUUAAGUCUUGUCCGGACACUUCGCGAUAGCACCGACCGUCGCGUGCUCCAUCUGCUCGACCUUAUCCACAGCGAUGCCUCCCUGGCUGAGAUACAGUUUUAUCUUGACGAGGAGCGGCCGCGCAGUGGUUCAGAGAGGAAGAAGGCGACGCCUAAGAGUUUGGGUUGGGAGUUGAGGAAUGGGAAUAUGAAUGGCGCACAGUCAGAGUCAGAGUCGCCCGCGACAAGGACCAUGUUCGAGCCGAAGCAGUUGGCGGAUGUUCCGUUGUUUGAUGUGCCGGCGGCGCCGUGGACGAAUGUCACCCAGGAUGUCAGAUUUGUCUCGCAGCUGAUGUCGUUGUGGUUUGCAUGGUUCCAUCCGUUUUUCAAUUGGUUGGACCGGGACCUGUUCAUACGGGAUAUGAGGUCGGGAGAUCUGAAGGCGCGGUGCUGUUCGCCGUUUUUGGUUAAUGCUAUGCUUGCUCUAGCUUGUAUGCAUUCGAAUUCGGUCCAGGCAUAUGCAAUCCCCCGGGACAUGGCUUCAAGAGGCGCGCAUUUCUACGACGAGGCGAAACGGCUAUUUGCCGGAGAAGAAGGCAGAAUUACCCUGGCUACAACACAGGCUCUGGGUUUAUUAUCGGUAUAUGCCAGCCUAACCUGCAAGGACCGCUCCGGCUGGAUCUACCGGAACAACUUCGCCUUCGCCGUCGACGAACUCUCAAAACAACACCCCCUUUCCCGUCCCACUGCCCACCACCGGGUAAUAGACCACAUAAUAUGGGGUCUAUUUAACAUCGCCACGCUCAAGGCCCUCGCGUCCUGUAAGGUGCCCACGAUUAAGAUCCCCAAUCGGCCUUUGCCGUUGCCGAUGUGCUCGGCUGAGGAUGUUUGGCAUCCGUACCCGCUGCAGUUGGAAGGAUUGCAGGCGCAUACGAGUUGUGUGUUUCAUGCGUUGUGCGGGUUGAAUCGGAUCGUGCAUGACCUUGCUUGGGUUUUCUUUGGUCGGGGCAAUCCACCGCGGGCUGAUUUGGAGGCCAAAACAGAGGAUUUUUAUGCUCGAUUGAGAGAUUGGGAAGACCGGUUACCGACCUGUUUGAGAGAACCAGAAGAGACUCAAGUUCCUCAUGUAUUAUGUUUCCAUAUGUACUACUACUGCAUCUGCAUAACCCUCGCCCAACACGCCCCAUCGAUAAAACCCGACCCCGACAAUACCUCUCUCUCCCCCUUCCCCAACCCGAUCGCCCCCAGCCAUGACACCCUCGACCUGUUCUACGCCCGCAGAAUCUCCACCCUAACGCGCAUCCACCGCACCGCAUGGGGAACAGACCGCAUCCCCGUGCCAAACAUGCUCUGGAUGACAACCGCUCUUCUUACGCUCCUCCCAAACCUCUCCAACCCUCAAAAUCGCGAAGCAUUCAUCAACCUCGCUGUAUCAGCGAAGGCAUCCGCAAGACGGUGGGUUGUCGGGAAAGCAAAGCUGGAGUUAGUGCAGCGACAGGCAAGGGAGAUGGGCGUUGAAUGGCCAGUUGAGAUUGGGGCUUUGUUUGCGGGCGAGGAAGAGGUUCAGGUUGGGGAUCGGGUUGGUGUUGCAUCGGUAUCGUCGGUGUCGUCGGUGUCGUCGGGACUGGGGAGGAAGAGGACGAAGGUAUGA